GAUUUGCCUAUCUAACUUGAGUUGAAAACAAAGAAAAGACAUCAUGAGGAAACUUCUUUUCUUUUUCCUCGUUUUGGUUCUCUGUCUAAGUGGUACACUUCAAAAUAAAGGGGAAAGUGAAGUAAUAGAGCCCCAGAAAAACUCUGAGGUUUUCGCUAGGCCCAGAACAUUUAAAGGGGUCCCAGUCAGAAACGCCAAUCUCUCUCUUGUCCCAAAUGGGACACAAGCUCCCAUUCCAGAGCUGCAGUCACUAAGCAACAGCACAGUAUGGUACCUCCACAGCACUCUGAGCACACGGGUCAUCCCCAUAAUUUUUUUGUUAGUCGUUGUUGUUGGGAUCCCAGCCAACAUCGCCAUCCUCUGCUCGCUGGCCACUAAAAUAAGGAAGGUAUCCUCUGCCAUCUUCUACUGCAGCCUGGCUGUCUCCGACCUCUUCCUCCUCCUCUCCCUCUUUUUCAAGGCUCACUACCAUUUCCAUGGAAACCACUGGGCGCUCGGAGAGGCCUCUUGUCGAGUGGUCACGGCCUGUUUCUAUGGCAACCUCUACUGCUCGGCCCAGACGCUGGCCUGCAUCAGCAUCAAGCGCUACUUGGCUGUAGUGCACCCGUUCUUGUACAAGCGUCUCCCCAAGAGGAGGCUGACUGCCUGGGUCAGCUUGGUCAUAUGGGGGGUGUUUGGUGCCGCCAUGAUUCCAGAGCUCCUCGUCCAGCAGAGCUAUCACCUCCCGGAAGUGGGCAUCACCACCUGCCAUGAUGUAUUGCCUCUGGAUUAUGACUCCCAUAUCUUUCUGCUCUGCUACAACCUGUUUCUAACCAUCUUCGGCCUCCUGUUGCCGCUGGUGGUCACGGUUUUGUGCUUCAUCCGAAUCAUCUGUGAGCUCAACCAAUCACACUUCGACUGGGAGAUGUACAUCAAGGCCAGCUCACUGGUGUUUGUCAUCUUCCUGGUGUGUUUCACUCCAGCUGGAGUCCUGCACUUCCUCCAUUAUUUGCAACUGUUCGUAUAUGGAACUGAGAGGUUGUACGUGCACUUUAAAGUGGCGGUAUGUUUGUGCUGCCUCCAUGCCUGCCUUGACCCCUUCCUCUUUCUCCUAAUGUCCAAGUCUGCAGGCUCCAGCCUUCACUUCAGACCCUUUAAAGGCAAGACCCUGAGCAUAUCUAUCUAAAAGAGACCUACAUGGUUCCAAAAUACUGGUUUUAAAUUAUAUUUUUUAUUAAGUGAUGAAGAGGGAAAUUGUCUCUGUGGCUGGAAUCCAAAGAGAAAACAAAAGACCUCGACUGUAUUUAUGAUAAACAAGCUAUGUAUUGACUUCCUGCUGCAAGUUUGCAACACCCACUUUGCAAGUAGAAUAAAUAGAGUGAAUCUGUGACAGAGAAAGACAAUGAGAAGAUACUGUACAUAUGUAAAUAUGUUUAUGUAUAUAUGUAUGUAUGUCAAAGAUGAAAUGAAAAUAUAGUGAUAUUAAUGUUUAUAUGUUUGUAUUUUCUUCCUCUAUGCUUGAAAUAUAUAAAUAUCAAUGUAACUGACAAGGAACAAUGUGAAACAGACUUCAGAAAAUAGGUCUCCCGGUGUUCCUGUUAUCACAUAUAGAGCUAUGCUGUCUGCUGAUUAAAACAUGAACUUAACUAUG